AUGCCACUACUGAAUUCACCUAACAAAGAUGAAGGUACACCGAAAUCGGACGCAACCUGGUCAGCACAGCAAACACAGGCAGAAGCAGGCACUAGAGAAGGGGGCCAACACAACGCGAUAGAAGCAGUCGGUGUCAUUAGACUACCCCAGUUUUUGCCAUCGGACCCAGACCUGUGGUUCACGCAAAUAGACGGCUUGUUGCACAUAAAUCGUAUCACAUCUGAUGUCUCAAAAUAUUACACCGUAAUUACGGCACUUGAUGCAGAAACCCUACGCCAAGUUUCAGAUGUUGCAAGAAACCCACCGGACACGGGCAAGUAUGACAAAUUGAAGAAGGAACUAAUUGCUCGUUUCAGUGAGUCCAAGGAGAAGCAGCUGAUGAAACUUCUAACAGGAAUAGAACUUUUCAAUAAGAAACCCAGUCAAUUGUUGAGGGAAAUGCGUGAUCUGGCCGGCAAUAACGUCUCUAAGGAAGCUCUGUCAACAUUGUGGUUGCAGCGAAUGCCCAACAACGUUCGUUGCAUAUUGUCGGCGUGCAAGUCUACAGACUUGGAAAAUCUCGCCGAGGUAGCCGAUCGAAUCGUAGAUAAUUCACCCUCAUACAUAGUCGCAUCUACAACCAUUCCGCAAGACAACGAAGCAAAUUGUUCAGCUCUAAACAUAUCCAAGCAAAACACCUUUGAAGCACGACUAUUGGCGUUGGAGACCUCCUUCAACCAAAUUAUUCAAAAACUAAGCGAAAUAUCAGUCAACAUGGCUGCAACAAUGAACCAACGCCGUAGUUCAAGCGCUGAACGCGGCGGCGAACGAAGCAGAAGUCGACUACGUGAAAACGCAAAAGUAUGUUACUACCAUAUUCGAUUUGGUGCAGCAUCGAGGAAAUGUCAAGCGCCAUGCGAAUUCAACAAACCUACUGAAAGCACGCAGGGAAACUAA